AUGAACCCGAGAACCCGCUCUUCGCACCGUGCCUUUGUGCGCCAGGGCGAGCCCCAGAACGACCCCCAGGACCUUCAGGACGACCAGUCCUCCGAUGUUCAGCCAGAGCAGGAACAUGAUGAAGGUUUCCUUGAUAAAGAGGAGCUGUUCUAUGAUUCGGAGCAGGUGACCGACAAUACCGAUAUCAAUCGAAUCCCUAUGACCAAAGAAUGGUUCCUAGAGGAGAUCAAGAAGAACCCGGAAGUAGUCUACGAGGUCAUAAGAGAUAUGCAUGAGCUCGAGAUCAAAGAAACGAAUCGCGCCCAGAAAACUAUCCGCAUACUUCAGAACGAUAUCGCCGAAUUGACUGCUGAGCGUAACGCUAUCGCGGUAAAAUGGGCCCUCUCUAGGGACCGAACUGAUACCUCUGAUAGCUACCGAUCUACCAAAAUCCCUGACCCGCCAAUGUUUAACAACGGCGAAGACCCGAUCUUCGAGAACUGGCACCGCUGCGAAGGGGAUGCGCGUCGGCAUAUAUCCCCGCGUCUCAAGAUUCAGGACUAUCGUGACUUUGGUGAGAUCCUGAGUCAUUUGAAAAGCAUCUUCGUGGACCCGAAUAAGGCCCGCAAUGCUCGCCGGAAGUUUAACUCCAUCAAGAUGGCUGUCUUUAAGGACUACCAUACCUUCGCCUCAGAGUUCCAGUACCUUGCAGUCGAAGGCCGGAUUGAUCGUGAUACCUGGAAAGAGAGCUUCUUCUUCUUCGCCCUUCCUAAUGAAGUGCAGCGAAUGGUGGCUUACGUUUUCAAUAAUGACAACCGAACCUUUAAGGACUUUACUCACGAAUGUGCCAAGGUGGCUGACCUCUGGGCCGACUUAAAGAAGCGCCGAAACAACCAGAAUGCGGCUAGAGGCGGCUCUAAAUCCUCGAUCCCGAAUAAGGGAGCCAGCUCGCGUCCUGCUCACUAUGCCAAGGGUGAAGAGAAAGAACAGUUAAUGAAGGAGGCCCCACCUCCAGUUGUCUCUCUCGAUCUCACGACUAACUCAGGCAUCCAAGACAGUACACAUUUCCAAAUAAACUACACCUCCCAUCAGAAAAGAAUGUCCCGCGAACAGUACGUCUCCACCGACAGUCCCGUCCUAGAAUCCUACAAGUUUAUCGGCUACGAAACAAUCAUGAACUCCAAAGUCGACCUGAUCACCAACAAGAUGGACGGCUACACAGCCGGCCUCUACGUCACCGGUAUCCGCGGGACGUGUGACUGGUACCAUGAUAAAAUCUUCUGCAGCUACGAGGAGUGCGAUCCAUCCGGGAAGUGGGACUUCAAUCGUGCAGUCUGGUCGAUCCGGUACGACAAUAACGUCGAUCGGAAAAAGCAGCCCGAGUUCGGGUUUCAUGUGAACACAAUGAAAGAAGUGAAACGCAUGUACGGCGACGACAGUGGACAGACGACGGAGUACCAGGUGAAAGCGUUCUAUAAUCCGGAGCUGGAGGUGUCGACGUCGGAGUCGACGGCGCGCUACCUCUCUGCGCGAAACGAUUUGACCAACUAUACGGGAUGGGAUCAGAACCAGGACAUGGAUCUGGAGAUAAAACGGGUUUAUUGUGCAGAAAUGGUGCGGAAUCUGUGGACGGAUUCAUACAGGCAACAGCGGGGAGUUCCCGCUACCUUCAGUGCGAAUACCGGAGAUUUCCUGCUCCCAUCCCAAGAUGACAUCCUUUAUCGCGAAACAACUGAAGGAUUCCACUAG